CAAUAAAAGAAGACACGUGAAAAUUAAUGAAAUGAACGUGUGUUUGCUAUAUGUAUUCUCUUUCGUAUUCUUUUUCUGCAAUGGCAGUUUGGUGGAUCAAAUAACUCAAAGUUCUGACAUUGCGGCAGUUACUAGGAACGACAUAACGGAUAUCAAGAAGGAAGUUGAGGUUAUGGAAAAGAAUAAGCAUUAUCUCCGUCUUAGAUUAAUGAAUAGCGAACAGGAUAUUGCUUCUCUGAAAGAUCGAACACAACAGUUGGAACAUGAACUUGAAAACACUAAGCUGACAUUUUGGUGUGAAAUUGAAGGUUUGCGAAAUGUCACCAUACAGUUCGAACAAGAACUAAACGAAACAACAAAUGCAUGGAAUACAAUAAAUAACACAAUACAAGAUUUACGUCAGAGAAUCAGUGUGUUAGAUAACCAAUACUCACCUUUGGAGAUACCGGGAAAGCAUAUCGAUGAGUCAGAUGAUUUAACACGUUGUCCUCCAAAUCUUCAUCGAAGCUCAAACUUGUUUGCCUACAUUGACACAUGCCUUGUAAUCGUCCACGACGAAUAUUCCUGGAACGACGCGAGAAGACACUGUCAACAACAUGGCGGAGAUUUAGCUGUCAUCAAAGACCUAAAAAAGCAACAGUUUGUAAUGAAAGCUUUGAAAAACCUUCGUUGGGAUAAAAAUGGAGUCUGGAUUGGCGGAACAGAUGGAUACAAGGAAGGCGAAUGGAAAUGGGUCACAGGAGAAAAGAUGACCUGGGGUUACUGGAAAGAUGGUCAAGGAGUGAGUUACUGGGAAGUCUGUGCUCAGAUCCGUGUUGAUGAUUCCUACAAAUGGCAUGGUUACCCAUGCAGUGGUGGAUUUGUUUAUCAAUAUUCCAGUAUUUGUGAAUAUAGUGAGUUAUUCUUAUAUAUCUAUUAGAUACCAAAUGCCUUAAUGCAAGUUUUGAUAAAAUGAAACAAACCUUUGUCGAAGGACAAGUGUGUGUUUUGACGCGUCAAUAAGUCUUCAAUAUGUUUAUCUUUGAGGUUAAAUGCCAACGAAAAUUUUUUAAACGAAUAAAUUCUUAUAUAUGCAUGAAAUGUUUGAGAGAAUCAAUACCAUGAAUGCAAGAUCGUUUGAAUAUAUUUUGACACCUUGCAAUUAACAUUAUUGUAAAAACAAAAUAAAUUUGUUUCAAUAUAGUGUUUGUAGACAACUUUCAUUACUAAUAGGUGCAUAAUAUAUAAUUGUGUAAACCAACGUAUU